CCUAAGUGGGUUGACGGUCAUUUUAACAGUUAUGCACAAGCAAAGCCGAAGAAAAGACGAUGAACUCAUGUCAACAAAAAUGAAGAACUGUUUUGUGAAGUUCUUUGUUGUUGGGAAGGUAACUGGGCCCAAUCGGUGGGAAGUUAUCGUAGGAUGCCUAGAACCAAAUGAAAUUUAUCUUUGUCUAGACGAUUGGAAAAGUAAAUCAUUCGUCACUCUGGCUGUGAGUGGGCAGUUUGCUUCGCAGGAGAGGCAAAGCUAUCGUUUUCAGGUAAAGGGACUGUUAAAGUUUCCUGAAGAAUAUAAUGACCAUCUUGAACUGUUGCCAGGAGAAACAAGUUAUCAGAGCAUUCUUGUUGAAGUAUCACAAUCCAUCGAUGCAGCACCAUUAGGGCGCAUUAACAUUUAUGCAGAAGGCGAUCAGAUGUCGCGUCUUGUGACGGAGCUACCUCUUCCGUUGACAGCAGGCAUGGAGGCGUCUCUCAGGAUUGAAGCUGCUUCGCAUCAAGAAAAUAACACUGAGCAAGUUGUCAGCAGCUUCUUUGGCGGCGUGGUUAAGGAAAUGUCACUUGACAACUCGUUAUUUGAACAACUUGGUUUAAGUGACGCAGAGAUGAAACGCAUAAGGGAUGACACAGCUGCUACUGAUACAGAAUACAGAAUGUUUGUGAUGUUGUACCAAUGUUGUGAAAGACAAAGAGAUAAGGCAGCCUUUAUAAGGAAGUUCCUCAUCGCCCUCGCUAAUGUCCAACAGAAUAACGCCAAACGCUGCCUUGUUGAGAGCAUCAAGCGCUGGUUAGCUGUUUCUACACCUGAUGAAGAUGAUGGAAUAUUUGCACAGGAGCUCUCCGCUAUUGUAAACGAUUUCGCAGAACAGGGAUUGAUCACCCUACCUGGUGAUUACAGGAACACAACAUAUGUUGAGACAAGGAACUGUAAAAAGAAGGUUCUCAGAAACAUGAAAGUAAGUUUAGACAUGACAACAAGAGUAGGAGCUCCAAAGACCUUCUUACGACUAUCUUACUCUGAGCCAGAAGAUAAUCCCCACGGACAAGUUGCAAAGAUGAAUGAAGCAUUUUGGGGAGACCUCGUCGAAUGGUGCAUAUCCACUACCACUAUUGGUUUAACAAUAGUCUUCCAUUUACAAGAUGGACCUGGUCGGUAUGCUGAGCUUGUUUUAAAAUAUGCAACAUUCGGACAUACACAGGAGGAGGCGCUGGUUGAAACAUUGUUCAUACCAGAGGAGCAACGCUGGGAAGCAACAUCUCAGAUCAGUGUCGGAUCACGUGGAUGGUUUGUAUUGUGCACCAGGCCGAAGAAACACGGAUAGAAGUACCAGUUGAUGGGUGCACGCUUGUGUACGCACUAGAUGAAAGGGUAAAAAUAGUCAUUCCGAAGAACGCAUUCGAAUGUCCAGGAAGCAUGUGCCUUAAGGCUGUGGACAUUGAAUAUAACGGAAACGACCUUGAGGCCAUAAUAUCGCUGUCACCAUUUUAUGACAUUAGCCACACAUCGGGAGACCAGCCACAAGAAGACAUCACCGUGACUCUACCUCUUCCGGAAAAGUAUA